AUGGCUAGCUCUCAAGCCAAUAUUCGCAACUUCAUCGCGCCGCUGAAGGGACCAGGCCGAAGUGCUCCAUCGUUGCUUGAAGACCUCAUCCUCUUCGAUCCCAGACUCGAUUUUAAUCCUGGCUACAAUCUGCUAGAAGAUGGCCCACGUAACUUCUCCGAAGCACCAUAUAUUGGGCAUCUGCUGCCUGAAGAGACCUGCGUCCAUGAAUUCUGGUUGAAGAAGCGACAAUCUGCUCCGCCAGCAAUCGACGAAAGACCAAGCUCAGUCUCAAUCUGGCAGGCUGCAGCAAUAUGUCGACGAUGUCGCCUGCAUCUACUCCUCACUGCCGACUACACUGCAGCAUGGCAGGACGAGCCUUGCCCCACGUGGCAUGAUCCUCUCCAUCAUCUGGUCAGAUCGACGUGGCGGCAGGACGAUGCUCGUAGAGAGCUGCUGAAGAGUAGUGCACAUACUACAGACCAAAUAUACGUGUAUGAAUGUUCUUCCAAGAAAUGUUCUGCUAUAGUCACUGUGCAAUUGAGCCCUCCAGUCUUCUCAGACGAAGACUUGCACAUCCUGUUAGAUAAAGAGCUCUUGCGCAAACGAACAGCUGCAGCCUUUCAGUCUAAACAGGGCCACACUGAGGGCAUGAAAUGGCCCACUCCUCUGGAUGUCCUGGUCGACUUGCGUGCUUACUUCAGAAAUUCUUGGGUCAGGCAAGCGUCCACUGCCAUAAGUUUGGACAACAAACGCUUCGUAGUCCGCUUCGGUCCUGAAGGUCAAGCAUGCCACGAUGUGCUCGAGAGGCUUGGUUUCCAAUUCAAGCCUGGGGAAUCAUGGGUGGUACCUCAGCCUUCUGCCACUGAUUCGCUUCCUCUGCGACAGGCACACAACGUGUUUCUGGAUAAUGUCGAAGUUGAGCUUGAUGUCUUAAUUGCAAACGGACUAGACGAGGAGAAAGCCGGGUCCCAAGAUACAACAGUACCAGAGCCAGCUAUGCGUCAACUGUCGCGUGUCCUGGGUUGUCAGAAUUACGAGCAGAUUCCAUCAUCGCGAACAACCCAAACACAUCCCCUUCACAGAGCAAGACCAUUCACCGUGCUAGGCAUACCAGAAAACGCUAGUGACGACCUGAUAAUCUGGGCUUAUCGACGGCAAAGCAUGUUCGAAGAUGAAGAUCCACAGCAGAUAGCAGUGCUGAUGACAGCGCUCGAGGAUAUUCAACGACAGCGACAAAGUGAGAAGUUGACCGCGCAGGUAGCGAUCGAACGUUCUGUGGGUCGAUAUGGUCAACAAACAAUCGCUGACGCUUACCGCUCACUGGGUCUGUCCCCAAGCGCAAAUGACGGUGAUAGCAUUAUUCUCGGGACUUUCCAAUCCCGCCUAUCUGAUGCACCUGCACAAGAACAAGAGAUGCGUGAAGCUCUAGCCAUAAUUGGGGAUUAUCGCAAAAGCCAGGUUUUGGUUGACUUCGCCCGCAAUAUGAUCACAACCUACGAAGACGCACUCAGAUACCUUGACGUCGAUACAAACACAGAUGAUAGUUUCGUGACGUCUAUGUUCACGACUAAGAUCAAUGACAACGCUUCUACAAGGGAUAUGGCUGAGAAAGCUUUACGCUUCAUCGCGGACCAUCGCAACAGCGACGCUCUCAGGUCUUUUAUCGCAGCUGGCUUUCAGGGUGAUGUCCAGCAAGGCAGCAUGGACAUAGGGGAAGCGUUCUCGUUGCUUGGAGUCGAGGACCGAACCCUCGAGGACGACACUUUGUUCACUGUUUACAACUUCCGGAUGGAAGACGACACAGCCAACCACGGGCGGCUACGCCAGGCCAUCGAAACAAUCGCAAAGGAAAAAGAUAGUGCUUUUCUGAAAUCCAAGCUGGGAAUGCCUAGCGCAGAUCAGUCUUCACCAUCGAAACCCCUACUCAGCGAGCCUGUGGGUCUCAGCAAUAUUGGCAAUACUUGCUACCUGAAUAGUUUGCUUCAAGUCCUGUUCACAAUAUCCGCCGUUCGAGACAUCGUACUCAAUUUCGACGAUUUCAAAGACGACCUGCAGAACGUUAAGACCAAGAGGGUAGGCAAUCGCAAGGUCGAUGUGAAGGAGAUCAAGGACUCGCAGAGCUUCGUGGUAUCACUUGCUGAGCUCUUUCGUCAAAUGAUAUCCUCUCCUACUUCUGCGGUCCAGCCAACACAGGAACUGGCGACGUUGACCUUGGAGCGCAGUCAUGCUUCGAAGGAAGAGAAGGAAGCUCGUCGGAGGUCGACACUGCAGAGCCAAAGAAGACCAACGCUAGGCAUGAUAGACGACCGACCAGUCUUUGGACCUGUGCCACAGGUAAACCUCGAUGCUGACAUAAGUCAGCCUUUGCAAUCUCCUGAAGCCAUGGAUAUAUCUGCCGAAGGACCGCUUCUAGAACUAAAACCUUCAGCUGCAGAGGAUAGCAAUUUGGAGCUCGAGACACACCCACGGCAGACCGAAAUAGAUACAGAUAACGCAAGCGACAGCACACUGAUUUCACAAGACGGAUCACCCAAAUCAAGUGCCACUACUGAAGGAGACAAACUUACUAACGGAGACACUACUGAAUUAGCAGUUGAGAAUGUGCCACUUGCUUCUGCCGAAAAGCAAGUUGUUAUCAACGAAAGCCUACAACCGCAAGCAACCCACCCUGCCUCAACUCAAGAUAUCACAAAGCCCCAAGAGCUCGUUGCUUCAUCUCAAGAAGGCAACAUCGAGCAUUCGAACCAGAACAUACCAAAGUACAAACCGCCUGAAGGUCCUCCUCCGAUCCCUCCUCGACCUCAACCAAAGAAGAAUGUACCUGAGUCUGAGCCGCAAAAGGCGACACUUGAAUGGUAUGCACGCCAGCAAGACGUAUCUGAAGUUCUUAGCCACGCGAUAGUUCAGCUUUCUUGUGCUAUUCGCCCCCAGGGCACAACACCUCGUGGCGAUCAGCGAGACGGAAUACAUGAUACUUUCUAUGGAGAAGAACAAAAGCACAAGUUGCAUGGUGGAGGUACAAUCCAGGCACCACUACCGUUUCAAUAUCAGAUGAUCCCAAUCUAUAACCAGCCUAAAGACUUGUACGCAGCCAUGGACAAUAGCUUUGAUCCUGAACAGCUUGGCAGUACCGAGUUCUACACGACUAUCAACUCCUUACCACCCAUUCUCUGUCAACAUCUUGGAAGAGUAAUUGGUGUGUACGAGAAUGGCAAACCAAUUCAGCAAAAAUUGGACUACCACGUGGACAUUCCGAGCACUCUAUACAUGGAUCGUUACUUGGAUGUUCCAGAGGGCGACACUCUGUUGGAGCGAAGGCAGCAAGCUUGGCAGUACAAGAAGGAGCUCAGGGCGUGCAAAGCUAGAAUUGACAAGCUUGAACCAAGAGGUAGAGCACCUGUCGACGUAGCGCUCAAUACAGCUGUGACCGUCAUGCAGCAUUUGGCCGAAGUCAACGCGCUGGAGAAGAUGAAUGACCUUACUGUCGACGCCAGUACUAUCACGAAAAUGACAGACCUGGCGCAAAGAGUCCGCGAAGAGCGUACUAAUCUCAAGCAGCGGAUCACCAUCCUCGAAAAACAAAUCAAAGAUUCCUUUACAGACGCUGCCUUUCGCAAACACGAAUACAAGUUGCACGCAGCAUUCUUCCAUCGUGGUACACCCCUAGGUGGCCACUACUGGGUCUAUAUCUACGAUCAUGUCAACGAAAUCUGGCGGAAAUACAACGACUCAUACGUCACGCAAGUCACUAACCUCAAUGAAAUAUUCGGCAAUCCCCAGGACGACCCGAACAACCCCAAUCACUCCACCUCAGGCAGUCCCGCAAAUCCAUACUUCCUAGUCUGGGCCCGCAGCGACCGCAUAUCUCUCAAACAAGGCGAGCAAAGCAUCGUGGAAACAGUGAAGCGCGAUCCCGUAACUCCACCACCAUCACAACCACCAACGACCACGACCUGGAACGAAAUAGACGGCGCAAUAACCUCCAGCCUCCCUCCCCUGGAAGACAUCAACGACGAAAACAUCGCAAUUCGACCCCUCGGCACAGACACCCCACAAUCCUCCCACCACGAAUUCACCGGCCAACAAUCUCAGAUGUCGUACAUGCCACCUGAUUCAAUUCGAUCACAAGAACAACAACAGCAGCAACAAAACUUUGCGAACAUCGGAUCAGUGAUGCAGCAGGGUCCUGGUCCGAGCCGACCCGUGCAUGAAUCGCAUGAUUCGUGGGAGGAGCAGCAGUUGAAUAUGGCGAUACAGCAGAGUAUGCAGCAGUCUGGGGAGGAGAUGAAGGGGCAGAAUGAGGCUGGGUGGGAUAAUAGUGAGAAUCCGAAGAUUUCGCGAAAUGUGUGGUGA